AUGGUACCAAAUCUGCGGUUCCAGUGCUUCCAGAUCUGCGGUUCUCUCCUCCUCCGCGGUGUGUCGGUGGUGCUCUGUGUUCUUCCGGUUGUCUCCCUUACAGCAGAGGUCUCCACGUCGCCUUAUUCAGAGCUUGGCGGCGAGGUGUUUGCUCUGUUUCUCUCCAGGUUGCAACAGGUUCUAGCUCGUUGUGGCAAGCCGUUGGCUGCUUUCUCUUUCCUCUUCUUUUACACCGGGGAAGACACUCAAGUGGAAAGUUGCUUGAUUUUGGGAUCUCGUUUCGGGAUUGAGAUUGGGAAGCGACUUCUCUCGAGCUCCUUGCUGAGUUUGGCUCUUUCUGCUUAUUUGCAUUCCCAUGUCGCCGGUGUGUUGGUGGUUCGUUCGAGUUUGUAUCCGAGUUGGUCGUCUUUGCAGGUUUCCUUAGGCGUUGGUUUUUGA